AUGGUUGAGUCGGACACGGUUUACCUUUGCCUUUCACACGACAAAAUAAUUCAGCACCAGCUUCUGGUGCUUCUAAACUUUCUUGAAAGCUUGCAGUUCAUGUCAAGAGGACCUGACGUGGCGCCCGAAUGCGUCACAUCGGCGGUGCCAGUGGACGAGAAUCGACAUCAGAUUAGUGAUGGUGCAUCAUGGACAAUUAUUUCCACUGAGAAGGCAAGUUUCUCGGGAAUUCAUCCCGCCCCAUAUAACUGGACAAAUGCUGAACGGCGUCUUGUGGGCUUGCCAGAAGCAGAAUAUCGUUUUUAUGAAGCAAUGGGACCGGUACGUGAGCCGGUAACUCCAGUACCAGUUGUCAGUGGCAUGGAGUUGUAUGGUGAAGGUGACCUUGCUCGCGUCGACCUCACGGGUUCAAACUUCAGGACGAAUCUCAAAAUUUGGUUUGGUACCAUCCCGGUGGAUACCCUUUUCAGGCUUGUUACUUAUUGGUUCUUUCUGCAAUAUUUCUGCUUAAAAAAGGAAUAA